AUGCACCAGAGAUUAAGAGUUGAUUAUGGAUUAGUGGUAAGCAGAGAAACUGUCCGUGUGAUAUUAAAAACACUCGAUCCCGAGGGUGUAGUCAAACGGUCGCGUAAUAAGUUAAAAAGAAGAGAGUACCGUUCCAAGGGUCCUAACUAUUUGUGGCAUAUAGACGGCUAUGACAAACUCAAACCAUUUGGAUUUUGUAUACAUGGGGCGAUCGAUGGGUUCAGCCGUCGUAUUCUAUGGCUUGAAGUUGGAAACUCAAACAACGACCCACGUGUCAUUGCAAAAUAUUUCCAUGAUUAUGUACAAGAGCUGGGUGGGACUUCACAUAUUUGCCGUGCUGACAGAGGGACAGAAAAUGUCAAUGUGGCUGGAAUGCAGCGCUUUUUCCGAAGAAAUGGAUACGACGAAUUUCGUGGUGAUAAAAGUUUUCUCUAUGGCCGCUCAGUGACUAAUCAGAGAAUUGAAUGUUGGUGGGCAUUUCUACGCAAAAGUGAAACCGAUUGGUGGAGGAAUUACUUUAAAGAUCUUCAAGAUCAAGGUUUAUUUGAUAACAGCAACGACUUCCACGUGGAAUGCUUACGAUUUUGUUACAUGCCACUUCUUAAAGAAGAGUUACAGCGUGUUGCCCGACAUUGGAAUCUUCAUAAAAUACGCCCUUCAACGAAUGAAAAUUCUCCACACGGGCGACCGGACUCAAUCUAUUUUUUGCCUGAAGCAAAUGGCACAAGAUCAUAUGUUCACGAGGUAACAACAGUGGAUUUAAUGGUAGCAAAGGACACUUGCUGUGAUAUCCAAACGGAUGAUUUUUCUUCCAAUUUUUCAGAGUUAUGCCAGAUAAUCAUACACGACAAAAAUCUUCAUGCUCCAGCGGUAAAUAUUGAACAGGCUGAGCGUUUGUACAUUGAUCUUCUUGGGUACAUCAAGGACAUGCUCUAA